UCUACUACCUUGUAUGUUACUCGUCUACGUCAUUUCGUGAUAGAACCUUGGGACCUUCGCCCGGAAGGAGAGCGCCGGAAUCUCUCGCAUCGCGCGUAAGGGUCCUGAUUUCUAUUUUCACUUUUGGGUAUUAAUACUACUCUUCCGUCCUCUCCCACUCUCGUUCAACUAUCUUUCCACCACUUCGUUGCUGCGUACUCGUAAGCAACUACAAUUACACCAAUACACGACUCUGGGCAAGUACUAAACAAGAUAGAGACCUCCCGACGAAUUCAUCACCAUAAUAACACAACAAUUUCAAAACCACAACAACACGCCAAAAUGUCCUCCCCACACGUCUCCUUCGACGAAGACUCCCUCCUCAUCCCCCGACCCUUCACCUCCUCCAACAUUAACACCGUCAACUCCCCAGCCCAUCUCUCCCCCAUCCCAUCAUCUGCCUCCUCUGCCUCCCCGUCCUACGGCGCCCUCCGCACCGCCACCCACGCCCACGAGCCUCCUCACCACCAACACGGCACCUCCACCCUCUCCCACCAAAGCAUCUACGACCGCGCCGCCAUGCUCGCCGAACAACGCUCUCCAACCCCCCGCCGCGAUUCUACAUCUACGUAUCACACCGCUUGCAGCGAGCCCCCGGUACUUCCAUUGUCGCUGUCGCAAGUCACGCAUUCUCCUCCUCGGUCUCGUCUGGACGCUAUUCCACAAGAAGCACAUACACAGAGACAAAAAGUCCAAAGACAAGAAACCCAAGAGUCCCAAGACGCCCAAGAGUCCCAAGCAAUGCACAAGGCACAACUUGAAACGCGCGCGCUGCUGCGCUGCUUGUUGCCGCCGUCUGAGCGCCGCGGGAGUCGGGUUGCGUGCUGGCCGCAUGAAGUUGCGGAUUUGGAAAGGCAGAGGGGUGCUGGGGAUGGGAGGCGGAUGCAGCGGGUGGGCUGCUGGGGGGUUGUGGUGGGUGUAGCGAGGGCGGUGGCGGUGGGCGUGCUGGUGCUGGUGCUGUUGGCUGUUGGGCUGGGGGUUGGGGUUUUUGGGGGAGGGGGGCGUUGGAGGGGGAGAGGGCAUGGGGGUGGGUAG